CCAAACGUACACCAAAAUCAGUUGAAAUCAUGACCCAUCGUCCAUGCUGUUGACCAGUAUCCUAUAUCUCUCUUCCCACCCUUCGAAAUGGCGCCCAUCGAUGUCCUCCUCAACCUCGUCCCCCAACACCCCGACAAAGUCCUUUCCCACCUCUCCACCUACCCCGACCUCGCUGCCGCCGCCGACGCGAACGGCUACACCUUAAUGCACGCCGCCGCAUCAUACGGGCACGUGGACCUCCUCCGCACCCUCGCGACCCAAUACCACGUGAGCCCCGACAUCGCCGACCCCGACCAGGAGACGCCGUUGUUCGCCGUCGAGGAGCUGCGCGUCGCGCGGUGUUUGGUGGAGGAGCUGGGCGCGCGGACCGACUGGGUGAACGAGGAGGGCCGGACGGCGCGGGAGAGGAUCGAGGAGGAAGGGGAGUUUCCUGAGCUGGCGGUGUGGUUGAAGAGCAGGGAAUCGGGCGCGUCGGGCAGGGAGACGCGGGUGACGGAGGCGGAGGAGGGGGUCGGCGUGGAGACACUGGCGGGGACGGAGGGGUCGGUGUUGAAUCGACCACCGCCGCUGCCGGAGGGGAUGCAGGUUAAUAUGUCCAUGGAGGCAGAGCAGCCGGAGGAGCUCUCCCCCGACCCGGAGUUCCGUCGGCGGAUCGAAGAGCUGGCGGCGAGGGAGGAUUUCCAGAGCGAGGAGGGACAGGCGGAGUUGCGGAGAUUGGUCACGGAGGCGGUGACUGGGCUGGGAGGGGAGCCGGAGCGGGAAGUGAGGAGGAGACUUGAUUGAUAUCUGCAUCACGAGAGACGGGGAUGGGUUAUGGCGUUCUACGGGAUUGUUUCUACGAAGGGAUGAGGUCCAUACCCGGUCAGUACGGUAUUAUUCCUUCUCUAUACCCGGAAUCGAGAAGAGGGAUCGCUCAGA